UGACUGACAGCACUAUAUGCACAGUCUGCAAAGGACUGAUGGGGAUUUUAACCAGAUACGUCACAACUAGAGAGGAAGAGAAAGAGGGAGGGAAAGAGGAGAGGAGGAGAGCGAACGAACAGAGACGGGAGAGAAUGAGAGAGAGAGUACAGAGGGAUAUAUUGAGUCAGAGCUGGUCUUCAUGUUCCUCAGUGUGUAAGAGACAGAGGAAUUGAGAGCAAGCAAGAUGGAGUGCUGGCACAGAUGAAGACUGUCCCUGGUCUCGUUCGACAGUCCACAUGAGCGUCUCCAAACCCCCACCACCCCCCUCCACCACCCACCUGGCCAUCCCUCCUUCCUCCACCUCAACACCUUCCUCCACCGCCUCAACUGCAUCCUCCCCCUUGGCGAUGCCCCACUCUACCGGCCCGCCCCCUCCCUCGCCGGUCAAGAUCUCUAUGCAGGAGCACUUUGCCAUCAACGUGUGCCCGGGACCCAUCCUCCCCAUCCCACAGAUCUCAGACUUCUUUCCCCGUUUCCACGACUACCCCUGCACGCCACCGCCUCCGAGAGAGAAGAAGAUCCUAAAAGAGGAGACUUUCAACGGGGAGACGGGUGGCGGAUACAAGGAUGGGGAGAGGAGGCUGGACAUCGACGGAGACAGGGAGGAGGCGAUCGACUCUGACGAUGAUGACACCUACCUAGGAACGUUGGAGUUCACCCUGCUCUUUGAUCAGGAGAACAACUGCCUUCAUUGUACUAUUCACAAGGCAAAGGGACUGAAAGCCAUGGACUCCAAUGGACUGGCUGAUCCAUACGUCAAGCUUCAUCUUCUCCCCGGGGCUAGCAAGGCAAACAAGCUACGCACAAAAACCCUGAAGAAUACACUGAACCCAGUGUGGAACGAAACGCUGAUGUAUCAUGGCAUCACAGCAGCCGACAUGACCACCAAAACGCUCAGGCUGUGUGUGUGUGAUAUGGACAGACUCGGACGAAAUGAAUUCAUCGGAGAGGUGAGAGUGGCUCUGAAAAAGCUAAAAGAGGGCGAGAACAAACGCUACAACAUGGGCCUGGAGAGAAUUGCACAGAAUAAAGAAGCUAACAAUCAAAUUGUGGAGCAGGGAACGGUUGUGGCAGAGGAGGAGCGUGGCCGCAUCCUGGUGUCACUGUGCUAUAACACAGAGAAGGGCUGCCUGCUGGUUGGGAUCAUACGCUGUGCCCAUCUGGCGGCCAUGGACUCUAACGGCUACUCUGACCCCUUCGUCAAAAUCAACUUGCAGCCAGAUAUGGGGAAAAAGUCAAAGUACAAGACUUCCGUGAAGAAAAAAACUCUCAACCCUGAAUUCAAUGAGGAGUUUUCAUAUGAAGUUACCUUGGACCAGCUGGCAAAGAAAACCCUGGAGAUCUCUGUGUGGGACUACGACUUGGGAAUGAGCAACGACUUCAUAGGUGGAGUGGAGCUGGGCAUCACUGCAAACGGACAGAGACUCAGACACUGGUUCGACUGUCUCAAAAACAAAGGGAAGAAAGUGGAGUACUGGCAUACGCUCACACAGCAAGGAGCCCCAAGCGGUGACAAACCGGACUAGAUUACACAAGACAUUCAUGCGCACACACACACACACACACAUACACACACGCACUAAGACACACAUACAUUUGUCUCACUGGAAGAUGAUUGAUAACAGAGACCAAGUAAAGCCCUAAUAAGAGAAAAGGAGAAAACAUGCAAUAAUAAUGAUGUUGAAAAUGAUCAUAUAACGCCAAUAAUUACUGCAGCAAGUAUUAGUAUAUGAUAUUCAUACUAAUAUUAGUUAUGGUACUAAGGUGUAAUCUGAAUACUUUUUUUUCAAAUUGUGACUAUGUCCUCAUUAAAGUGAUGACGUAAAAAAACAUUGUGCUUUAGACCUUACAAUAUUGUGGAAGUCGCUCAUAUUCUGUCAUUCAAAUUGACACCUAAUGAAGAGAUUUGAGAUUAAUGUACUCAGAGUUCAUUCGGUGAAAGACGCCAAAAGUACGUAUGUGCACGCUUGUGAAUCAUAAUGUGAUAUAUAGUUACAGGAGCGGGAAUGUUAUGAAAGGGUGAUUCUGUACUGGAAAGGUUUCUAUUUUAGUGGUUGUUGAUCUGAUGCAAAACAACAUACCGUAUUAUAAAGCACAAAAUGAUCCAUUGAGUGGAUUUGUACCUUUACUGUUCAGUGUUCUUGUUCUUAUGUCUUUUAAUGUCUUUAAGUGACAGUGGCUUUCUAUACACCUUCAUAUCAGACAUAAAUGUGUCAGUGUGUGCGUGUGGGCAUGUGUGUGCGUGCAUGAGGGCCAUGUGAAUGAGUGCCUACAAUUUCUGUCUGUGCAGUGUGUUUAUCUGUAUUCACAUCACAGCCCAUUUCAAAUGUCUCCAUCCAACUUCACAAGCACAGAGGUGUGAAGAAAUAAUAACAAAGGACAAGAAGGCCCAUACAACUGAGAGGUCCUCCGCUGCCACCACCACACGCCUCAGUGGUGUGAGUGUUCCUGGCUAGGGGGGACACUGACAAGCUGUCAAUCAUGUGUGCCAGACCCUUUGCCAUCUCAAUCUCCCGUUGCCAGGCAGUCAAAAAGCAACUUUAAAAAUGGAAUAUAUCUUGAUGCGUAACCUCUGACAGCUUUUUUGUCUUUCUAGAUGAAAGAUUAAACGGAUAUUGCUUUUUGGAGGUGCCGUUUGUACCUUUACUUUGCAUUAUGAACCAGAUUUAAAAAGAACCCAAGCAGGCUUACCUCAGUGACUCAAAUUCUGCUCCAACAAAGUCACAGAUGAUGCAACAUUUUCUCUCUGCAUGGCAAUAUCGCAGCAGUAGGCUAAUGUAGUAAUUUGAAAAUCCAGGCAUGUGAUUGGUCCUGUUAUCUGAUUAAUGAGCAUAGAGCUGCCCAAAAUCUUGAAAAUAAUCUGCCUUUAUUGCGUUUUUUUGAGAGGAUGUAAAAUGUUAUGUAAAAGAAAUGUGACAGAAAACUACAACAACCUUUAGAGAGAGUCAUUGCUGUGAUCAGUGUUGCAUUCAUCCCAUUAUUUCUGAUCUAUUAAAUAUCAGGUUUGUAGAGGCAUAUAUUUCAUCCUCUUGACAGGGGACACUGGGACUACCCUGUCUGUGACACAGAAUUACCUCCCUGAGACAAACUGUGCUGUUAGGAGAAAUGCCCCCCCACCCACAUGCCUGUUAUGUGUCUCAAUGCAUAUCUCUGCAUAUCGAUGGUGUAUAUGGGCUUGACUAUCACUGAAUCAUUUAAAUGCCUGCCAGAAUAUCAAAUGCACUUCCCCGGUUAACCUGUCAGCAUAGCUCUGGCCAUACACUGGUUCACAAAAGCACACCCACAGUUGGUCAGUCGCCUCCAGGACUUUUUCCUACUGUUGAAUCGAUCCAGCCGCUCAUAUUCUUGGUGUCCUUCAACAACCUUGUGAUUGUCUCAUCGUUGACUGCAAAAAAAAAAUUGGAUCCUUCAGUGGUGAAUUAGGUUUGGAAUAAAAAGGGCUUGGGCAUUAUUGUAACAGUAGGCUUAAACAUAUUUUCUGUUGGACCUUAAAUGAUUUGGAUGAGGUUUGGCCAAGGUUUAUUCUGUACUUUCUCUAUGCACAUCAGAACUCCCAGCACGUUGGCAGUGAGAUAAUCAAACCAAAACAACAACAUCAUGGCAUCAAAGAUGCAUUUCUGGGAAUACUCAGUACUUUGAUUGGGGCUAGACUGGGUGACAGUGAUCUUAUAGAGUUCACAUUCUAGGCUGGAUGGUUGUUUAUUCCCGUCUUGGUUUUGUUAACAGUCACCAAAUUUUCUGACUCUUGUCUAUUAACCCCGCUUCGCUUACGUAAUCAUUUUAUCUGCAAUACAGCUGCAUGUUUAGCAAUCACUAUCAGCUUGUAUGAUAGAGUGCAGCCAUGGCUGAUCAUUCUGAAUGCUGAUUUGUUUACAGUCAAUGCCAUCAGUGUGUAUUUGUUUGUGAAUACAAUAAUUCAGGGUAUGUUUUGCUCAGUUGCUUUGCUCUGCCAAGCAAGCUAUUGCUUUAAAAAACAAAACCUUUAAUGUCACAGAUAUUGACACGUUGUCUUCCUUCAAUUGAUAUCGCUGGUAAGGAUGCAGGAUGGCAAACUGCGAAUAAGAUGGGGAGAUCACUACUGCAUUCCCUGUGUAUUCACUGUCAAUGUCAAUCACACAGUAUGGCUGCCAUCCUGUGGUCGGUUUGUGUAACUACUUCGCAAAUAAAUUGAAGUCGUUUCA